GAGUCGACGACGAAGCCUCCGCGAAAAGGCGGAGGAGUCAAAAUCUCCAACCAACGCCCGCAGCCGCAGCAGCAGCAGCGAGGGCGGAGGCAAAAUUACGAGCGCUCACGCCCAAAUCCGCGAAUUCCCACCCCUUCUCCCUCGCCCAAAAAAUCCUCGCCUACUCCCCUCCCAAACCCUAGCCUCCUCCUCCUCCCCUCCUCGCGCUUCCAAUGGCACGGUAGCUUCGCUUCGAUCGCCUCCUCGCCCAUGGAUCCCGGCGGGAUGCUGCUCGAGGACUUCGGGCAGCGGGUGGACCUCACGCGGCGCAUCCGCGAGGUGCUCGCCAACUACCCGGAGGGCACCACCGCGCUGCGGGAGCUCAUCCAGAACGCCGACGACGCGGGGGCGUCCCGCGUCCGCCUCUGCCUCGACCGCCGCGCGCACGGCGCAGGCUCGCUGCUCGCGCCCGCCCUCGCGCAAUGGCAGGGCCCGGCGUUGCUCGCCUACAACGACGCCGUCUUCACCGACGAGGACUUCGCCAGUAUCUCCCGCAUCGGGGACAGCAGGAAGGUGUCCCAGGUCUGGAAGACCGGCCGCUUCGGGGUUGGUUUUAACUCGGUGUACCACUUGACUGACUUGCCAUCAUUUGUGAGUGGCAAGUACAUUGUCCUGUUUGAUCCCCAGGGUGCUUAUCUUCCGAAUGUGUCAGCUGCAAAUCCUGGAAAACGUAUAGAUUUUGUCAGUUCUUCAGCAAUUACACUAUACAACGACCAGCUUUCACCCUAUUGUGCAUUUGGUUGUGACAUGAAAGCACCAUUUCAGGGAACUUUGUUUCGCUUUCCUUUAAGGACUGCUGAGCAAGCAUCUCUUAGUCGGUUAUCGAGACAAGUGUACACAGAAGAUGAUAUCUUAUCUCUGUUUGCUCAACUUUACGAAGAAGCUGUAUAUAAUUUACUUUUCCUUAAAAAUGUGCUGUCACUUGAAAUGUAUGUAUGGGAAUCUGGUAUGAGUGAACCAAAGAUAGUGUACUCUUGCUCCAUAGGGUCACAGCAUGACAAUUUGCGCUGGCAUCGACAAGCCCUUGUCAGGUUUUCUGGCACUGCUGCUGAGUCCUCUGAGAAAAAGAUAGAUUCCUUUUCAAUGGAUUUUGUAUCAAAGUCAUUUUUGGGUGAGAAGUUUGAGAAGAAGAGCUAUACCUAUUUUAUUGUACAGGGAAUGGCAUCUGCAUUAAGUAAAAUUGGUAUUUUUGCAACAACUGCUGCCAAGGAUUAUGAUCUUCACCUACUACCUUGGGCUUCUGUUGCUGCUUGCAUCUCCAACGUGGGACCUGAGGAAGUUAUUCUCAGACAAGGCCGCGCAUUCUGUUUUCUUCCUUUGCCAGUAAAGACAGGAUUAUCUGUGCAUGUGAAUGGUUACUUUGAAGUAUCAUCCAACCGACGUGACAUUUGGUAUGGAGCUGAUAUGGACAGGGGUGGUAAGCUUCGCUCUGACUGGAAUAUGUUAUUGUUAGAAGAUGUUGUUGCUCCUUUGUUCAGAGAACUGCUGCUACAGUUGCGUACAGUUUUGGACUCCAAAAUAUCAUAUUAUUCCUUAUGGCCAACUGGUUUGUACGAGGAGCCCUGGAGUAUUCUCGUGGAACAAAUCUGUAAAUUUAUUUACACCUCUCCAGUAUUUCACUCGGAGAUCAAAGGUGGGACUUGGAUAACACCAGCUGAGAGUUUGCUUCAUGACGAGGGAUUUUCAAGAAGUGAUGAUCUCAGUGAGGCUCUUGUGAUGUUAGGCAUGCCUGUCGUUCGUCUACCAGGUGCGAUUGCUGAUAUGUUUCCUAAGUUCCAUUCGAAGUAUAUGCUCAAAAUAGUAACUCCUGCUACAGUGCGACAUUUCCUCAAGGAUUUUGAAAAUCUUGGUACAUUAGAAAAAUCUCAGAAGCUAAUAUUAUUGGAAUAUUGCCUUGCUGAUCUGGACAGUGGUAAUAUCGGCAAAUGCAUGAAUGGCCUCCCAUUGAUUCCAUUAGCAAAUAAACAGUUUGGGAUUUUUUCUGGUAUUUCACAGGAGAAUCAAUAUUAUGUCUGUGAUAGCAUAGAGUAUGAGCUUCUUUCUGCUGUUAGCGAUAGAAUAAUUGACCGAAGCAUUCCCCCUGUAAUACUAGACAAGUUGUAUCAGAUAGCCAGUAGUUCUCAGGUUAACAUUUCACUUAUUGAAGGCCGAAUAUUUCUUCAGUUCUUUCCCUGGCUAUUUCCUCCUGGAUGGAAAUGCCGAAACCAAGUUCCCUGGGAUCCAGAAUCGGGUGGAUCAUCUCCUACAGCAGCCUGGUUUAAACUUUUCUGGCAAUACAUUGGGGAUUGUUCAUAUGACCUUGAUUUGUUUAGUGAUUGGCCUAUAUUACCUUCUACCUCAGGGCACCUUUAUAGAGCAUCUACAGUCUCAAAAUUAAUUAAUACAGGCUCACUGUCUAAUUUGAUGAAGGAACUCCUGACCAAAUUAGGUUGCAAGAUACUAGACACAAAGUAUUUGAGUACGUGCCAGCAUUUGUCUAAUUAUGUGUAUGAUGGUGAUGCAUCUGGAGUACUCCAUUCAAUCUUUGGGGUUGCCUCAUUGGAGGGUGUUGAUUUGCAAGCUUUGUUUCAGCGCAUCACUCCUGCUGAAAAAAAUGAACUAUAUCAGUUUGUUCUUGAUGCAAAAUGGUACUUAGGACCCCACCUUUCUGAUAUGAGCAUAAAUCUAUGCAAAAAGUUACCCAUUUUUAGGGUAUUUGAUGGAGGGUCUCCCAGUUCUUAUGGUUUCUCGGAUUUAUCCACUUCAAGAAAGUAUCUGCCACCUCUUGGUGUUGCAGAGCAAUUACUGAAUGAUGACUUUGUCUUCUGCAUAUCCCCAAGUGAUGAAGAUAUAAUAAUGAGAUAUUAUGGUAUUGAGCGCAUGCCAAAAUCAAACUUCUACCAGAGGUACGUUCUGAAUAGGUUAGAUGAGUUGCAAACAGAGUUUCGUGAUUCAGUUCUACUAACCAUCUUGCAAGAUCUGCCUCAGCUGUCCUUGGAAAAUCCAAGGUUUAAGGAAGCCUUGAAGGUCCUUAGAUUUGUUCCUACGACCAAUGGGGUCUUGAAAAGUCCUCAAUCUCUUUAUGAUCCUCGGGUGGAAGAGCUCUAUGCUCUUCUCCAGGAAUCAGAUUGUUUUCCCCAUGGCUUAUUUCAAAACCCCGAAGUUCUUGAUAUGUUGCUCUGCUUGGGGCUAAGAACAUCUGUAUCUAUUGAUACCAUAAUACAAAGUGCUCGGCACAUCGACUCACUCGUGCACAAAGAUCACCACAAGGCCCAUUCAAGGGGUAAAGUGCUCCUUUCAUAUCUCGAAGUUCAUGCUCACAAAUGGUAUGUACAUAAGCCAUUUGAUGGCCGUAAGAAGGUAAAUAUGCUAGCUAAAGUUACCACCGUGCUCAGAUCUCGCGAUACAUCUUGGGAAGCUGAUCUUGAAAAAUUCUGGAGUGAUUUGAGAAUGAUUUGUUGGUGUCCUGUGUUGGUUACUGCCCCAAGUCCAGCUUUGCCAUGGCCUUCAGUAUCAUCAAUGGUUGCUCCACCUAAGCAAGUAAGGAUGCAGGACGACAUGUGGAUUGUUUCUGCUAGCUCACGCAUACUUGAUGGUGAAUGCACUUCGUCAGCCUUGUCGUAUAGCUUAGGUUGGUUGUCUCCUCCAUCUGGAAGUGUAAUUGCAGCUCAAUUGCUUGAGCUGGGUAAAAACAAUGAAAUUGUGACUGAUCAAGUACUCCGGCAAGAGUUAGCGUUGGUGAUGCCUAAGAUUUAUUCGCUACUGAGUAAUUUGAUUGGAUCUGAUGAAAUGGAUAUAGUGAAGGUGGUACUUGAAGGCUGUAGAUGGAUAUGGGUGGGGGAUGGAUUUGCAAAAACUGAUGAAGUAGUUUUAACUGGACACCUUCAUCUGGCACCUUACAUUCGCGUGAUUCCAAUUGAUUUAGCAGUAUUCAAGGACCUGUUCUUAGAGCUUGGCAUAAAGGAGCAACUUGACCCUGUAGAUUAUGCUAGUAUUUUGACCAGAAUGGCCACAAGGAAAGCUUCGACUUCACUACAAGCUGAGGAACUUAGAACAGCUGUCUUGGUUGUGCAGCAUCUAGCUGAGUUUCGGUUUCAGGACCACCAAACACAAAUAUAUCUUCCUGAUUCUUCAGCUAGGCUCUGUCUGUCUUCUGAACUUGUAUUUAAUGAUGCCCCUUGGCUUCUUGAUUUUGAUGAGGACAUCACUGGGAAUGCACCAAGCAUUGCUUUCAAUUCGAAGAAGUAUGUUCACAAUUUUGUCCAUGGCAACAUUUCUAAUGAUGUGGCGGAAAGGCUAGGUGUCCGCUCUCUCCGCCGUCUCUUGCUUGCUGAGAGUUCGGACUCAAUGAAUUUGAGUUUGUCAGGGGUUGCUGAGGCUUUUGGACAGCAUGAAGAUUUGACUACACGACUUAAGCACAUCGUUGAGAUGUAUGCAGAUGGACCAGGGAUUCUGUUUGAGUUGGUACAGAAUGCAGAAGAUGCUAAGGCUUCUGAGGUUGUGUUUUUACUGGAUAAGACCCAUUAUGGUACUUCAUCUAUUCUAUCACCUGAAAUGGCUGAAUGGCAGGGGCCUGCUCUCUACUGCUUCAAUGACUCAAUUUUUAGUCCCCAGGAUCUUUAUGCCAUCUCACGAAUUGGUCAAGACAGCAAACUUGAGAAACCUUUUGCAAUAGGCAGGUUUGGUCUUGGCUUCAAUUGUGUAUAUCACUUCACAGACAUUCCUGGGUUUGUUUCUGGUGAGAAUAUUGUUAUGUUUGAUCCGCAUGCCUCUUAUCUGCCAGGAAUAUCUCCAUCUCAUCCAGGUCUAAGGAUAAAAUUUGUAGGAAGGAGGAUCUUAGAACAGUUCCCUGAUCAAUUCACCCCAUUCUUACACUUUGGUUGCAACUUGCAACAGCCAUUUCCAGGCACACUCUUCCGCUUCCCUCUUAGGAACGAGGCUGCUGCUUCUAGAAGCCAAAUAAAGCGAGAACAAUAUACACCCCAAGAUGUGGAAAUGCUUUUCUCUUCCUUCUCUGAAGUUGUAUCUGAGGCUUUACUUUUUCUCCGCAACGUAAAGAAUAUAACUCUGUAUGUCAAGGAGAGUGACAGCCAGGAGAUGAAACUUGUACAUCGUGUCUCGAAGCAUAAUAGUUAUGAGAUGGCCAAAGAACCUCAUGCGCUUAAUACGAUGCUUGCAUUUAUAAAUGGAAAUCAACCAUCAGGAAUGGAUAGGAAUCAAUUUUUCAAUAAGUUGAAUAAGACUAAAGAUAGUGAUUUACCUUGGAGUUCUCAAAAGGUCUCUAUCUUUGAGCAAAGCCCUGCUGCUUGCUUGGUGCAUUCAUGGAUCUUAACAGAGAGUAUAGGUGGGGGCCAUGCUAGAAAGUUGUCAACUGCCUCUGGUAGUAAGUCCCACUUCUUUGUUCCCUGGGCAUCUGUUGCUGCUUAUCUGCAUUCUGUGACUGUGGACAAUACAAAAGAACUGUCUGGUGAAGCUGAAGUCAACCUUGAUGAUUUGGUUCUCAAGCAACUGUCUCUUGGAUCCUCUAAGGACAGGAAAUUUUUUGAGGGUCGAGCCUUCUGCUUUCUUCCUUUACCAAUCAACACUAGCAUGCCAGUGCAUGUGAAUGCUUAUUUUGAACUAUCUUCAAAUCGAAGGGAUAUCUGGAUAGGAAAUGACAUGGCUGGGGGAGGAAGAGUACGAUCAGAAUGGAAUCUUGCACUGCUUGAAGAUGUUGCUGCUCCUGCUUAUGGUCACCUGCUUGCAGCCAUUGCACAAGAGCUUGGUCCCUCCGAUCUGUUUCUCUCAUUUUGGCCUACUGCUGUAGGUGUGGAGCCAUGGUCUUCCAUGGUGAGGAAGCUUUAUGUAUCUAUCGCAGAACUUGGACUUCAUGUUCUGUAUACAAAAGCACGAGGGGGACAUUGGGUGUCAACAAGGCAAGCUAUCUUUCCUGAUUUCAGUUUUUCAAAGGCCAUUGAACUGGCAGAAGUUCUUUCUGAAGCUGGUUUGCCUGUGGUAUCUGUAUCCAAACAAAUAGUUGACAGUUUCUUGAACGCAUAUCCUUCAGUUCAUCUCUUGAAUCCUCAUCUGCUGAGGAAUUUGUUGAUCCGACGGAAGCGUGGCUUCAGAAAUAGAGAAGAAGCAAUACUUGUUCUGGAGUACUGCUUGAGUGACAUGGGAGAUCCUUCCUUUCCUGAUAAAUUGCAAGGGUUAGCUCUUCUUCCUUUGGCAAAUGGAUCAUUCACAACAUUUACCAACCGGGGGGAGGGUGAAAGAGUAUUCUUUUCUUCACAAAUGGAAUUUGAGCUUCUGAAGGACUCUAUACCACAUCUUGUUGUUGAUAACUCUUUACCGGAUGCCAUUUUGAAGAAGUUAUAUGACAUAGCUUGUUCUGCACGGUCAAACAUUUACUUAUUCACAUGCAAUUUUCUCCUUGAGUUGUUGCCUAGGAUCUUGCCACCUGAAUGGCAGCAUGCUAAGCAGUUAUUUUGGUCUCCUGGACAUCAAGGUCAGCCAAGUGUGGAAUGGAUGGUGUCACUCUGGAAUUUCUUGCGACAUUCAUGUGAAGAUCUUUCAAUUUUUGCAAAAUGGCCUAUAUUACCACUGGUAGAUGGCAAGCUUAUGCAACUUGGCAAUGCUUCAAAUGUAAUAAUAGAUGAUGGGUGGAGUGAAAAUAUGUACUCGUUGCUUCAGAAACUGGGAUGUUUCUUUCUGAGAUCUGAUCUGCAGAUAGAACAUCCGCAGCUGGCAAAUUUUGUUCAGGAAGCCACUGCAGUUGGUGUUUUGAAUGCUGUGCAGUCUGUUGCUUCUAAUUUUCAGGAUAUCAAGGAAUUGUUCAUGGGUAUUUCACUGGCAGAAACACAUGAGCUACGCAGUUUUAUUUUCCAGUCAAAGUGGUUUUCAGGAAAUCACAUGAACUCUUCCCAUAUGAAUACAAUCAGGAAUCUUCCUAUAUUUGAAUCCUAUAAAUCUAGAGAGCUUGUUAGCCUGACAAGUCCUAGAAAAUGGCUUAAACCUGAAGGUGUUCAUGAGGAUCUGUUGAAUGAAAGUUUUAUAAGAACAGAAUCGGCAAAGGAGAAGUCAAUUUUGGUAUCAUACUUUGCUAUUAGGGAACCUCAAAAGGCUGAAUUUUACAAGGACCACGUGCUUCCUCGAAUAUCCGAGUUUCUAUCACAACCAGCUGUUGUUUCAGCAAUUCUCCGUGAUGUGAAACUAUUGGCAGAAAAUGAUACUUCUGUGAGAGCUGCAUUACAUGAAACCCCUUUCGUCCUGGCAGCGAGUGGUGCAUGGGUACAUCCCUCCAGACUUUAUGAUCCUCGUGUGCCUGAGUUACAUAAGUUGCUGCACAAAGAAACCUUCUUUCCUUCAGAGAAGUUCAUGACGACUGAAGUAAUUGAACUGCUUGCAAGCUUUGGACUUAAAAGUAAAUUGGGUUUUAGUACUUUGCUUGACAUUGCGAGGUCAGUUUCACUGCAACAAGAUGAUGCGCUUGAGCAUGGGAAAAGGCUACUUACCUAUCUAAAUUUUCUUGAAUUCAAGGCUUCAAACAUGGAGGAUAAAAAAACCUUCCAUGGGGAUGACAACCAGGAAGCUUCUAAGACUGAUGGAAGUUUUGAAGCAGAAAACGAUGGGGAUGGGUAUGACCCAGAAGAAACUAUUUUAUCUUUGUUCUCAAACUUCGAUCAUGAUCUACCAGAAGACGAAUUUUGGUCAGAGCUGAAAAAUAUAUCUUGGUGUCCAGUCCAUGUUGCACCAUUGCUAAAAGGACUUCCAUGGUUCAUAUCUGAAGAUCAUGUGGCUCCUCCAAUCACAACAAGGCCAAAAUCACAAAUGUGGCUUGUUUCAUCAAAAAUGCGGAUUCUUAGUGCUGAUUCUUGCUCCAUGUAUCUGCAAAGAAAACUUGGUUGGUUAGACCCACCAAAUGCAAACAUUUUAUCUUCCCAGUUAGUUGAGAUCUCCAAGUCUUAUGAUGAACUCAAGAUGUUUUCUGAAGACAGUACCAAUGAUGCCGUUCCGCAAAAGGAAAUUCAACUGAUCUACUCAAAAUUGCAAGAUAUUAUUGACACAGCCGAUACCAACAUUCUAAAACGGAAUCUGGAUGGACACCCAUGGGUUUAUAUAGGUGAUAGGUUCGUGCCACCUCAGGCACUUGCUUUUGAUUCACCUGUAAAAUAUCACCCUUACCUUUAUGCAGUUCCAUCUGAACUGUCGGAAUAUAAGAGGUUACUGUCGGUUUUGGGUGUGAAGCAGACAUUUGAUGCAGCAGAUUAUCUGAAUGUACUUCAGUGUUUACAAAGCGAUGCCAAAGGAGAGCCAUUGUCUACAGAGCAACUAAGUUUUGUUCAUCGUGUUUUGGAAGCAUUUGUUGAUUGUUAUCCUGAUAACCAAGCACCUGAUAUGAUGGUGAAUUCAUUGUUGAUUCCCGAUUCAUUUGGUGUUUUGACACCUGCCAGAAAUCUUGUCUACAAUGAUGCACCCUGGAUGAAUGCUGAUCCUACUUCAAAGAGCUUUGUGCAUCUUAGUAUUGGUAAUGAUCUAGCUAAUAGGCUUGGGGUUCGAUCUCUUCGUGGAUCAUCAUUACUGGAUGACGAGCUAAUGACGGAUUUGCCAUGCAUGGAAUAUGCUAAAAUAAGUGAGUUGCUGGCUUUAUAUGGUGAGAGUGACUUUCUUUUGUUUGACCUUAUAGAGCUAGCUGAUCAUUGCAAUGCGAAGAAAGUGCACCUUAUCUAUGAUAAACGAGAUCAUCCAAAGCAGUCCUUGCUGCAGCAGAGUUUAGGUGACUUCCAGGGUUCUUCAUUGACAGUCGUCUUUGAAGGAACGAUAAUGAGCAGAGAAGAAGUUUGCAGCCUCCAACUUCCUCCUCCAUGGAAAUUGAAGGGAAACAUUCUUAACUAUGGACUUGGACUUCUUAGCAGUUAUUUUGUGUGUGAUACCUUGAGUAUUCUUUCUGGUGGCUAUUUCUACAUUUUUGAUCCCUUGGGCUUGACUGGUGGCACGACUUCCAUUGCUACCUCAUCCGCUAGAUUCUUCUCAUUGAUAGGAAAUGACCUGGUCGAGAGGUUUCAUGAUCAGUUCACACCAAUGCGUGUUACACAGGAGGCUUCACUAUCUUCAGCAAAUUCCACAGUUAUUCGUAUGCCUUUAUCAUCUAAGUGCCUGAAAGAACUUGAAGCUGGUUGCAAUAGAGUAAAGCAUAUUUUUGAUCGAUUUACACAAAAUCCAUCCAGCACUCUCCUAUUCUUGAGGUCAAUCAUUCAGGUAUCUUUAUCAACAUGGGAAGGUGGAGCUUCUCAGCCAACUUUGAACUACUCUGUACUUGUUGACCCAUCAGUAGCCACUUUAAGGAAUCCAUUUUCAGAAAAGAAAUGGAGAAAAUUUCAACUAUCCAGAAUAUUUGCAAGUACAAGUGCUGCUAUUAAAAUGCAAGCUAUUGAUGUGCAUGUGAUUGACAAUGGCUGCAAUUAUAUUGACAAAUGGUUUGUUGCCCUUUGCCUUGGAUCAGGGCAAACACGAAACAUGGCUCUUGACAGGCGGUAUCUCGCCUAUAACUUAACCCCUGUUGCUGGAGUAGCGGCACACAUAGCUCGAAAUGGAGUAUCAACCAAUAUACAUGCAUCCAGUUGUAUAUUAUCUCCCUUACCACUAUCUGGGUCUAUAAGCAUGCCAGUCACAACUCUAGGCCAUUUUAUUGUGAGGCAUAAUGGUGGGCGGUACAUUUUUGGCAGCUCACAUGAUAAAUCUCUGUCAGACCUUGAAAUGCAUAAAAACAAAUUGGUUGAGGCAUGGAAUAAGGAACUUAUGCUAUGUGUGCGUGAUUCAUAUGUUGAGAUGGUCCUGGAAUUUCAAAAGCUUAGGAAGGAUCCUCUGUCUUCUGCUAUUGAAUCAAGGUCUGCACACUCGGUGAGUACAAUUUUACAGGCUUAUGGUGAUAGGGUGUACUCUUUCUGGCCCAGAUCGAAGCAGCAUCCUGCUUCACUCACUGGGUAUGGCUCUACUGUAACUAAUGUGAAUUCACCAAGAGCAUCUAAAGCAGAUUGGCAAUCCUUGGUAGAGCAAGUGAUAAGACCUUUCUAUGUACGCUUGGCUGAUCUUCCUGUUUGGCAACUUUAUGGUGGGAAUCUUGUUAAAGUGGAUGUGGGUAUGUUCUUAUCCCAUUCAGGGAGUGGAGAUGAUGAUAAUCUGCCAUCUGCUAGUGUCUGUAGUUUCAUUAAAGAGCACUACCCUGUAUUUUCUGUACCCUGGGAGCUGGUUAGGGAAAUUCAAGCAGUUGGAGUUAAUGUAAGAGAGAUCAGGCCCAAGAUGGUUAGGGAUCUACUAAAAGCUUCUUCAUCCAUUUUACUCCGAUCUAUUGAAACAUAUAUGGAUGUUCUUGAAUAUUGCUUCUCAGAUAUGGACCCAUACCGUUUCUCAGAUUUUCAUAUACAUGAGGAAUCACGAGUUAGCAAUCAACAAUCUGAAAUAAUGAAUUCUUCAAUAUCAAAUUCUAUGCCAUCUUCAAGCAGCUCUGUGUCUUACCAUAGAAAUACACAAAGGCAGGGUGCUUCUGGGGGCGACGCGCUUGAAAUUGUGACAUACUUUGGAAAAGCUCUCUAUGACUUUGGUCGGGGGGUUGUUGAGGAUAUCAGCAAGACUGGUGGCUCAGCAUCCCAUAGGACCCAAGCUGCUGAAAAUAAUGUGCUGUCAUCUAUCAUCACAGAGCUCAAAGGAGUCCCGUUUCCGACAUCGACAAAAUGUCUAACAAGGCUGGGAUCUACCGAACUUUGGAUAGCAAGUGAGGAGCAGCAGCUAUUGAUGCGCCCAUUCUUGCAUCACUUUAUCCAUCAUCAAUGUUUACAAAAGCCCUUCUUGGAGCUAUUGCUCACCACUCAAGUUAUUCAUAGACCUCUAAAGCUAAGAAGUUUUUCUCCUCACUUGUUGUCAGGCCAUUUGAAGCACAUAUUUGAUGAACGUUGGGUGCACCUUGCAGUAGAGAAGAAGUCUCCAUGGAUUCCUUGGGAUAAUAAUGCUAAUUCAUCAACUGCUGGACCAAGUCCUGAAUGGAUUAGGCUCUUCUGGAAAAUAUUUAGUUCAAUGAGUGGUGACCUUUCACUUUUAUCUGACUGGCCCUUAAUUCCAGCAUAUCUAGACAGACCUGUUCUCUGCCGUGUGAAAGAAUGCCAUCUAAUAUUUGUACCACCAGCAGAUGAUUCAAAUCCUGAUAGUGGAGAUAGUGCAGCUAGAGUAGUUGACACGUCUGCCCACCCAGGAGAUGAGACUGGAGAAGCUGAACUGAACAGCAUACUUGAUACUGCAUUUCAGUCAAUGAACUCAGCAUUUCCAUGGUUACCUGCUCUGCUUUACAAGUUGAAUAUACCAGUUUUUGAUUUAUCUUUUCCAGAGUGUGGUACAAUAUGCAAUUUGUUUCCUUCACGUGACCGGACUCUUGGACAAAUUAUUGCUUCUAAACUGGUUGCAAUAAAAAAUGGUGGCCAUUUACCUUUGCCACUUAGUCUAUCAAGUGAAGACUGUGAUAAACUGUUUGCAUUGUUUGUCUCAGAGUUCAGAUUGUCCAGUAACCACUUAUAUCAGAGAGAAGAAUUGGAUGUCCUGAGAGAGCUUCCAAUGUAUAAAACAGUUACAGGAACAUACACUAGUCUGUCAGGGUCCGAUCAUUGCAUUCUUUCUCCCACAGCAUUCUUUCACCCUGCUGAUUCUCGGUGCCUUUCUAGUACAGCUAAUGCAGAUCUAUUUCUUCAGGCUUUGGGGGUUGAACAAUUGAGUGACCAAGAAAUACUAGUAAGGUUUGCUUUGCCUGGCUUUGGAAAUAAAUCAGCUCAAGAGCAAGAAGACAUUCUAGCCUACUUGUAUUCUAACUGGAAAGAUCUGCAGCUGAACUCUUCUGUUGUAAACACCUUGAAAGAGACUAAUUUUCUGACAAGUGCAAAUGAGUUUUGUACAGAGUUGUUCAAACCAAGGGAAUUACUUGACCCUUCAGAUGCUUUGCUUACUUCAGUAUUCUCUGGGGAGAGACACAAGUUCCCAGCUGAAAGGUUCUUGUCAGAUGGUUGGCUUGUUAUACUCAGAAAAGCAGGUCUUCGAACAUCUACAGAGGCUGAUAUGAUAGUACAGUGUGCAACAAAAAUAGAGUCCAUGGGAAAUGAUAUUGUGUCAUCUUCAGAAGAUCCUAGUGACUUUGAGGCAGACUUUUCAGGCAGCAAAAACGAAAUUCCUUUUGAGCUUUGGUCUUUGGCAGAAUCUGUUGUUAAUGUGAUUCUUGCUAAUUUUGCUACUUUGUAUGACAGUUCUUUUUGCGAAAAUAUUGGCAAAAUCGCAUUUAUUCCUGCCGAAAAAGGUUUUCCAAGUAUUGGUGGGAAGAGAGGGGGUAGAAGGGUACUUGCCUCAUAUAGUGAAUCAAUUUUAUCAAAAGACUGGCCAUUAGCAUGGAGUUCUGCUCCUAUUCUUACCAAUCAAGCAAUUAUCCCUCCUGAAUAUUCUUGGGGAGCAUUUCGACUAAGGAGUCCUCCUGCCUUCACAACAGUUCUGAAGCACUUGCAGAGUGUUGGGAGAGGCAAUGGUGAGGACACACUGGCACACUGGCCAACUUCAUCAGGAAUAAUGACGGUGGAAGAUGCCUUUCUACGGAUCUUGCAAUACUUGGAUAAAAUAUGGGGAACAAUAUCUUCUUCAGAGAAAAAUGAGUUGCAGACCCUGGCUUUUAUACCAGUUGCAAACGGGACUCGCUUAGUCACAGUGAAAUCACUUUUUGCUCGUCUGACAAUCAACAUGUCGCCUUUUGCUUUUGAACUUCCAAGUCUUUAUCUUCCAUUUGUCACCAUCCUCAGAGAAAUUGGGAUGCAGGAAACCCUUACAAACACUUAUGCAAGGGAACUUCUUUUGGAUAUACAAAAAGCAUGUGGUUACCAACGCCUGAAUCCAAAUGAACUCCGCGCUGUGAUGGAAAUUUUAGACUUCAUGUGUUCUGGUGUCAACCAAGCCACAGAUGGAUCAGAAGACAUAUUUGAUUCAGUAAUACCGGACGAUGGUUGCAGGCUGGUAUCAGCUGUAUCGUGUGUAUAUAUUGACCCAUAUGGUUCUCAUUUACUGAGUAACAUAGAUACAUCCAGGAUAAGAUUUGCUCACCCAGAUCUUCCCCAGAAUAUUUGCAACACGUUGGGCAUAAAGAAGCUUUCUGAUGUCAUUGUAGAGGAACUGGAUGGAAAAGAAGAACUAAAGAUGGUGAAUAGCAUUUGCUCUGUUACUCUGGACAAAAUAAAAGAGAAGCUGCUUAGUAAAUCGUUGCAAGAUGCGUUAAGGAUUGUUAUGAUUGGUGUAUCCAAUCAUUUUCCUUCAUUUGAAGCACUCAAUCUGGCGCAGAUAGAAAGUGUACUAAAGGAUAUAUCACAGAACCUGCAGUUUGUUCAGCGUCUCCAUACUCGCUUUCUAUUACUCCCCAUGCUCCAAGACGUUACAAGAAGCAGCCAGCGUCCUCCAUUUCCUGAAUGGUCAAGCAAUGGAAAGCACAGAAGUGUUUGCUUUGUGAACAAAUCCACGGGUCAAAUUCUAGUUGCAGAGCCCCCAAACUUUUUGACAAUACACGAUGCUAUUGCUAUUGUUGUUAGUUACAGAUUAGGGGCACCCGUGAUCUUGCCGAUUGCUUCAGUAUUUGCAUGCCCAGAUGGCACAGAGAAAGAGGUGCUUAAAAUACUCCGUCUGGGCACUGACAUUGGAGUUUCAAAACGUGAAGGAAGGUACAAUGGUUCCCUGGGAGCAGAGUUGUUGUCCCAAGAUGCUCGCCAGGUUCAAUUCCUUCCUUUAAGACCAUUCUAUAGUGGAGAAAUUGUGGCAUGGAAGACGGGGAAAGAGGGUGAAAAGCUCAGAUAUGGCAGGGUCCCUGAAGAUGUAAGGCCAUCAGCUGGCCAAGCUCUUUACAGGUUUCCAGUAGAGACUUCUGCUGGUGAAACUUGCAUGCUACUUUCCAGUCAGGUUUACUCAUUUAAAAGCGUUUCAAUGGCUGAUCUCUCUCCUGCACCAUUGCAACUGGAUAGUGGUAGAGCUGCAGGUGGACAGCAGGGCUUCUCACCCAUCAACACAGGAACUGAAGCUGCAGAUGAUGUGGCUACUGGCCUUGAAUAUGGGAAGGUAUCUUCAACCGAGCUGGUACAGGCAGUCCACGAUAUGCUUUCAGCUGCAGGGGUAAGGAUGGAUGCUACAAAGGAAACGCUUCUACAGACUACUCUUUCCUUGCAAGACCAGCUUAAAGAAUCUCAAGUGGCUCUACUCGUGGAGCAGGAGAAAGCGGAGGCAGCAGUUAGAGAAGCUGAUGUUGCCAAGUCAGCAUGGUCAUGUCGUGUCUGCCUGAAUGCGGAGGUCAACAUGACUAUAAUACCAUGCGGUCAUGUUCUUUGUAAUCGAUGCUCAAGUUCGGUUUCACGAUGCCCAUUUUGUCGGACGCAAGUAUCUAGGAUGAUGAAAAUAUUCAGGCCUUAAUUUCUCUUUCUACAACUUUCGCUUUCUAUUAGUAUGUAUAAUAUUAGACACGUUAGUUUUUUAGCUGUAAAACUAUAGGGCUGUAAAUCGAGGGUGUAAAUAUACAUUAUAGUCCAUGUACAGCUACGGUGCAUUUUACUGUGCCGAUUCUUUGGAAAAUCGAAGUAUUCGGUUCCAGUUUGAGGCGAAA